CCGCCUGCUGGCGUAUCUUUAGGCUCUGGCCCGACUAUCCAAGAUCGCCGGCAUGCUUCAAUCUCUCCUCCGACCAACUCUAGUCGUCCACAGCUUUACAACCCUGCAUUAUCACCCUCGCGUCAGCCUGGUUCAACAGACUCUGAAAUAGCUAGCUUCAACGUUAAUGGCACCGUCGUAACGCUUUCUCAGGAGCAGGCGCGUCGGCAGGCUGAAAAAGCCGCUGCUGCGUUAGAUGCUCGUGAACGAGCCCGUCGAAAGGCCGUAGCCCUAAGCCAAAAUCCACGUCGACUCGGUACCUUAUCGAAUCAGCUGACAGGGAAUCGGCGCACUAUGCCCUCUCAAAAUAUUCCCAAAUCACGUUCAAACUCUGCUUCAUCAUCCUCCUCCUCAUCAUCGUCUGGCUCUUCCUCUUCUUCCUCUUCUACAUCUGGCUCGAGUUCCGCAUCUGGAUUCGGAUCUGGCUCUGGAUCUGGCUCGAGUUCAGAUUCGGGCUCUCAAGCAUCCUCACCCUCGCCUUCAAACUCUCCUGGCAAAUCAGCUCGGGACAGGCGCGAGGCUAGAGUUCCCAACAAGGCUAAUCGACUACUCUCACAGCAAUCACAGCAGCAAAAGACUUUUCCUGGGGCUCGUGCUCCAUCGAGUGGGAAAUUCCGCCAGGAUGAAUUGAACAGAGAUGAACAGCAAGACCACUGUUCGUUUGGAAUUAUGUCUCGCAAACGAAGUCACGCUAACGCCGACGACUUCACUGCCACUACUGCUCCUCUGGCCACUGAUAGACAUAAACGUCCCAGAGUUCUGCCUCUUCCUCCUGGACAUAGUUCCCACCAUCGUGACAUACAAGAUGACUCUUCAGAGCCUCAGCUUUUACCACCUGGUGCAGCGGCUCGGCGGGAAGAGGAGCGCCGUUUGCGUCAACGAGAACAGCAGCACAUGAUGAUGAUGUCUGGGCAACUAGAACGGCCGCGAUCUCGUGGCCGCGAAACAAUAGGUGAUCGCGAUCGGGGUCGGCUUCGUCAGCCUACAGGCCCUGCAUCAUGUGAUAUGUCCGGCCCUGGAGAUAAACAUAUUGCUAGAAUGGGUUCCGGUCUCCGUGAUAAAGAAUGGAUCGCACCUAUUAAUCGUGAUCGCUCCUCUCGCGGUCCUCCUUGUGCCGAUCUGGUAAUACGCACGCCGCAUGGCCUACCGGUUGCGGAUGGCGCUUACAGUCAACGCCGAUCUCCGCACGGCAGGACUGCAUUCAUAGGUAACAUCUCUCCGGGUGCUGGACCAGCGUCUACCAGACCACUCGAUCCCGAUCGAGAUCGCGAUCGAAAAAGGGAUCGUGGAGGACCGUCACCCUGGUUUGAACGUGAUUCAAGACAACGGCAUCCCCCAGAGUCGGAUCGCUCGGGAACUGUAUGGUCUGAGAUGUCGCAGCGCACCUCUGGAAGACACUUGAGCUCCGGAAUCGAGACCGGCGAACAUAGCCAAGCACGCAGAGACCGAAUGUGCCGUGAGCCAGAAUUGAGUCGAGCUCGAGACCGCGAUCGGGAUCCCCGCUCAGAUUGGCGAGGAACUGGGUCGGACAGAUACACACAUGAGCUUGAGAUCUUAGAGGCACGCAGGGCUGGCCAUAAGGUAUUUACUGAAACGGAUAUCGCCGAUGAAGAGGAUGAAGAGCUGGCUCGACGUCGAAGAGACCGGGCUCGAAGCAGAACACGUGGACCUCGUGGCGAUACGGUAGAGCCUUUUGGCGAAUCUACCAGCCUGGCUACAGAAAAACGUUUAAACGAGCUACGCCAACGAUUGAAUAUGGUGGAUGAUGCGAUAGCUGAAAUUCGGGCUGGCACUGAGGAUGGUAAUUGA